CUUCAGCAUACACCCACUGAAAAAUCUCGCUCAAUAGCUACCUCCUGGUGCCCAGUUAACCGUCGCACCAACCACCUACAUGUGAAUAUGUCGAUUCCAACACCCAAGCCCCGAAAGAGGCGUCUAUCUCUCUCUGAAAUAGAUGAAUCACCCGCAAUCGACGCUGCUAUCGACAUAUUCCAAAAAUCCCAGUCAUCAAUCAUGGUCUCGCUCCCCGAGACGGGAUGCUUCGACACAAUGGUCCAGCGCGUCGAGGAGACGAUGGCGCUGGUGGAUAAGAGAGGGAUCAGCUUGGCGCAUAAGGCGAAGAGGAGAAGGGCUAUUGCGGAGAGGCUGAGUGAGAGAAAGCAUGGUGUGGAGAACAAUCCCCUAUUUGGUGAGAUAGGGCGCCCAAAAAAUCCCCCCCUUACUCUAUCCUCGGACCAAACAACCACAAAGAACUGUCCCACUUGUCGAAUCCAGAAACAAACCCAACUUUUGCCACCCAAAGCCAAGCGGGACACGACCACGCAGAAUAUCAGCCCCAUGCUCGCCGCCAUGAUUUCAGAAGUCGAAGCUCAAAGCCAGAACAACAAGAAUAUGAGCGAGGAAAACAGUGAAGAUGAAGACAGCAAGCCCGAGAUUCUGGUCGUAGAGAAGGAGUACUCGCCAUUGAAGAUCAGGAUUGUGAAGGCGCCGGAGAGGAAUGGGGGGUAUAUUAUUGCGAAGUCCGGGGGCAAGGAUUGGAUGCUUGAGUUGGGGAUGAGGUUGGAGAAGGAGGAAAAAGAGCGAAAGGAGAGAGAUGAAGAGGAAGGGUGUGAGGUUGUCGGCUAAUUCAUGAAAGGGGUCGUGUAUUGGAUGACAAACCUCACAAUGGUGAUAUGGAU